GCCGUGACAUGGGUUCCCCCUCGAUGGCGGCUGCCGCGGGAGGCCUCAGGUAACCGGCCGCGUCCCCGCGCCUCUUCCCCACCGCCGCCAUGCCCGCCCGGGCCCCGCCGCCCGCUGCGCAGCCCUCAGCGCUGUUCUAAAAUGGGGACAAAAUUGGUGAAGCGCCAGUGCUGAUGCUUCAGUUUGCUGCUGUAAGUGGCUGCCUGACAGACCACAGCGUUCUUCUCAGAGGAGACGAUUCCUUAAGUCAAGGAUUACACCUUAGUGUGCCUUCGGGGUGGCUUCGAGUUGGUGUCCCGCUCGUGGCAGCCCUCCAUCCAGCUUCAGCUCUCUGCAUAGAAACUGGAACUUUGGCAAGCUUAAUGCUCCUUGUGAAGUGAACUUGUGCUCAUGAGGUAGUAGGAGACGCUUCAUCAACAAGGGCUGUGCUGUGAUGGUCGUAAAUAUAUUAACUUUGAAGUGGAACUAAACAAUGGAACCGGAUAUUAUUCGAAUGUACUCCUCAUCCCCUCCACCGCUAGACAAUGGAGCUGAUGAUGAUGAUGAAGAUGAAUUUGGAGAAUUUGGAGGAUUUUCUGGUGUAAGCACUGCUGGUGUAGCUUUUGCUGAUUUUGAUGCAGCAGACUACAGCCAUCCAAAGGAGGAAUUUAUACCCACAAAUCAUUUUAUACCCCUUCAUGAUUAUUCUGACAAUGUAGCUAGCAUUGCAACUUUCACGUCUGUUAAAAAUGUUAAAGACUGCAUUGCAGAGCUUCCUACUUCUCCUAAGGAACUUUCUGAUACGUUAGCUACUAGUACCAGCAAAGAAAAACCUAAGUUUAGAACUUCAGGUACUGCUUUUGAUGUAAGUUUAGAAGACGUAAACAAGAGAGGGGAACAAAGAGAGAACACUGGGAAAUCAGAGGGGUUUUCUUCUGAUGUUAGAACUGAUGUAGCAGUUGAAAGCCAAGAUGAGCAAAUAGAUGCUUGUAAUGGUGAAAAACUUCCAUGUCUAGAGAUUCUAACAAAUGGAUUUGCAGCAUUGGACCCUGUAAAUCCUCAGGGAACAGAAGAUCUAGACAACAUCAGUGAUUCAAAGGGACUAAAAACUGUUAGCAGCCAUAGUACUGAGCUAAGUUUGAACUCAAUUCCUAGCUCAGGCGAAGGCUUUGCAGAUUUUGCUACAUUCUCAAACAGAAAAACAAUCAAUGUAGAGGGAACAGGACCUACAAUAUGCACCGUUCUUAGUGAAAGAGACUCUCUGAACAUUCAGGAAAACAACAGAAUAAACAGAGCAAUUCAUACUGAAGAAGAGACUUGUAUUGCGGAAGUUAGCUGUGAACAGGAUUCCUCAGCACUGGAAGUGAAUGAAUUUACUUUUUCUAGUACGUUUCAAACAACUGGAAGUACAAUAUGCACUACUGAAAAUGGGGAAAACAACGGAAGGAGAAAACAGCACGAUGGGGAAAAUGGCAAAGAUUUUUCUCAGCUUGAUGGUUUUUCAGGAGCAGAGGACAUCAAAAUUGAUGAGGUUGAAAGCUUAAGCACUCAUCUCAGAGGAGAAAACGUGGACGAUUCUGUAGAAGUUAAGAAUGGUGGAAGUAGUACUGAAGUUGUAGCUUGCCAUGUCACUCAUGAUGAUGACUUUGGUGAUUUUGGUUCAGUCAGCAGUGCAUCUUCUGCUUUCAUUAAUGCUCAAGAAUCAAUAAAUGCUUCAGCUUUAGAGGGAACUUCCGAACAGCCCGCACAUGUUAGCAAACGUAAUGAUGCAUUUGGUGAAUUCAGGGACACAAAUACUGUUUCUCAGCUGCCAGCAACGUUGGAUCAAGCUAAAGUAAAUCAGACUGCUGACACUUCAGAAUGUGAUGCUACCAGUAAAACUUCUGGCUUAGACUUCCAGCGUACUACUGAGGUUGAAAAUGGCGAUGAUGGUGAAUUUGGAGACUUUGAUUCAGUGUCAAAAUCUCAAGAAGAGAGCGUUGCUUUUCAGGACUCUGAUGACUUUGCGGACUUCAGUUCAGCAGGUUGUAACCAGGUUACCGAUUGGAAUGCUUUUGAAGAUGAAGAAAAGGACAGCUGUUCUUGGGCUGCCUUUGGAGAUGAGCAAGCUGGUGAAUCUCAUCACAGAAAGGAGACGUGGCAGUCACAUAGGACAGAUACAUCUGCGAGGAUUGAUGGUCCAAUAUUACACAAGACUGACAGUUUUGCUUCAGCAUCUUUCCAGGGAACUACCAGUAAGCAAUCUCAAGAACCAGCACCUUCAGUCCAGACAACGUUGUUAUGUCGUCUGGAACGAAUAUUUGAAAUCUGUUUUCCUUCCAUGCCUGUUCUUGAAAUUGAAAAAGAGAUAAUUUCCUUGAAUCAUUUACUGGAAGUGGGUGAAAAGCAGACAGCAACAGAGGAGACCUUAGCAAAUACUGGGGAACUGAUGGAUGUGUGGACAGAGCUGCAGGAUAUCCACGAUGCACAUGGACUGCGAUACCAGUGGGGUGGCUCCCACAGCAACAAAAAGCUUUUGUGCUCCUUGGGAAUCGACACAAGAAAUAUUCUCUUUACAGGCAACAAGAAACAACCUGUCAUAGUACCCAUGUAUGCAGCAGGACUGGGUAUGCUUGAGCCUACCAAGGAACCUCUGAAACCAAUAUCUGCAGCAGAAAAGAUAGCUUCCAUAGGACAGACACCUCCUGUAUCACCAGAGAUGAACACAUGUGCAUCUGAUCAGUUCCAGGAAUCUCUACCACCUGUCCAGUUUGACUGGAGUAGCAGUGGCCUUACUAACCCUUUAGAUGCUAGUGGAGGUUCCACUCUUCUGAACCUUGAUUUCUUUGGGCCCGUGGAUGACAGUAGCUCUAACAGCACCACCACAAUCCCAGGUGUGGAUCCUGAGUUGUAUGAAUUGACAACCUCAAAACUGGAAACUUCCAAUGCAAGCAGCAGAGUGACAGAUGCAUUUGCAAGACUCAUGUCCACAGUGGAGAAGGCAAGCACGUCCACAAGGAAGCCUAAAAAGGAAGAACAUCUUAGUGAAGAGGCUGCCAAGGUGAUUUCUAGCCUUCCUGACUUAACUUUCAUGCAUGCCAAGGUGUUGAUGUUCCCAGCCACAUUAACACCUUCAACAAGCUGCCAAGAAAAGGUAGACUAAAGUGAUGUGAAUUGGACGUUUUCUAUUGAUUUCUUUUUUUCCUUCCCUCUAUGGGUCAUAAAAGCAAUCUUGCUUUAAUUAAAACAAAAAAUCAAGUUCAGAUGAUUUGUUGGUAAGCAGCACUAGAAAGGUAUACAUAGUUCUGUAUAUUUAUUUACAUACUGAAGCCCUAAAUUUAUAUUAGAGAAAAAUGUAAAUAAUUGGGGGUAAAUCUUUUUGAAGAUCUAUUCUUUUUGUUGUGCUGGGGUGUAUACAUUUAUGUCUUUGUGAAAUACACUGGUGGUGUCCUUCUUACAAAACUUUAAAAAGUUUAAAAUAUACAUAUAUCCUAGAAACACAUGAUGGAAAAACUUCAAUCUUCACAAUACGUGAAGUCCCCUUGCAAAGUUUUCAGAUUGCAUUGAGUGUCUUUUUCUUUCUUACAUAUAUUAAAAUACUUUUUGAUGGGAAAACAGAAGGUUACAUUGAGGGGUUUCAGUUGUUGUUUUUUAAAACGGUAUUUUCUCUUCUGUUUUAACAAGCUUAGGAUGUGUUCUUCCUUUUCUUCUCCCCCUUUCCUUCCCUGGUCCAUUGGUUGGCUGAUCAAUUUUUGUUCUCAAACUUCAGUGGUGUGGUUCUGUCACUAUAUAGCCUUUUGAAAGGUAUGCUGUCAGUAACUUCUGGCUCCAGUUAUGGAUCCUUGUCUAAACACUUGAUUUUUUGGAUCAUUAGAAGGUUGUCUACUUUUAAUCAGUUUGAUUUGGAAAAGAAGGACCAAAACUAUAUGAAUGUCUUACAAUGAAAUUUAUCUGUUAAAAAUUCUUAUGUUCUGUUGUACCACUAUUUCUGUUUGAUUUUGCACAGUGUAAAAUGACAUAAUCAUAGAUUGCUAUGGUUUUAGGCUGUAUAUACAGUAAAAACUAUGGGUUGUAAAUGUUUGGGGAAAUUCCUAUGGAAAAAAGAAAGCUAUGUAGAAGAACCUCUAAAAAGGUCAAUGUGCAUGCCCAAGGUCUUUUGAGAUUUAAGUGUGUAAAUUUCCUUUUAGCUUACACAAAAUAAAAUAAUUUAAAAGAUA